AUGGGUACCAUCACAGCACAACUUAACUUUCUCAAGCCGAUUGACAGCUACAAAACCGAGAAGCCAUAUUGGCUGUUUAUCGGCAAGCCCGAAACCGCGCCCGAUGUUGAUCUCACUAAUGUGGUAACAGAGACUGUUACUGACAUUCCAGUUCAUGAUGUACGAGGACAUGAAGAGAAGUACUCCCUCGACGAACAUGGAUUUCAGUUCAUCAAGCACAAUCAAACAUUUCAAGCCUUCGAGGAUGAAGAACGAAUCAAAACCGAAUUCCUUCCUCAGGUUGAGAAAGUCAUUCGGGAGAAUGUCCCUUAUGUAGAGAGAGUUCUCGUCUAUGACUGGCGUGUCAGAAAGGAGAUAACUGAAGGUGACCCUGAAUUCAUCACGCCGUUGCAGGUUCAGGAUCGUAACUAUCCACUUGCACCCUCGAUUAUUGUGCACACUGGUAAGAUCCUUGAACAGACUUCGUGUGAAAGCACAGCUAACCGAGAAGACACCACCGAGUUUACCAUUUUGAAGAGACUCAAAGCGGAGUUGCCAGAAGAAGCUGAAAGGCUUGCGAAGGGGAGGAUCCAAAUGAUCAACUUUUGGAGACCAAUGUACGAUGAAGUGAAAAACUGGCCACUUAUUGUCUGUGAUGGGAGAACACUGCAGACGGACAGCCUUGUCGCCGUGGAUCAAGUCUCACGACGUUUCGUCGGCGACGUCUACUAUGCCACUUAUGAUCCUCAAAACAAGUGGCAUUACCAGAGCUCCAUGGGCAGCCAUGAAGGUGUCUUGUUCAAAAGCUGGGACACGGCUAAAAACAUACCGUCAAAAGGUGAGGGUUCAUGGAGUUCCCCUGUUGCAAUCCAUACCUAA